AAGUAUGGAGAGAAUGGACUUCCCAAUCCCAUAUAAGGUAUUUCCCUAAAAAAGGGAAGGGGGAAAACAACAAUAAUGCAGGAUAUUCUCGACAGGAUGCAAGGACCAGCGCUGAAAGGUGCGGGGUAGAGCCGGCUGUGUGUGUGAGAGUGUUGGUGUGGGAGUGUGUGUCAGUGAGGAUGUAAGAUUACAACAGGAGCAGCAGCAUGAGCAGAAGACUGCAGGGGAAAGUAACUAUUUCGAAGAGAGCACCAUGGGAGCCUACCUCUGGCUGGUCCUGGCCAUUGUCAGUGAUGUGGCAGCAUCCUUGUUACAUCCCUCACGCCAGCUCUCCCCCUGCCAAGUGGUACAGAAUGAUGUGUACUGCAACGAUCUGAACCUGAGGACCGUUCCGGCCAAGCUUCCCCAUGGCAUCCAAAAGCUGGACCUGUCUCGGAACCUUCUACAAAACCUUACCCAAGAGGUUCUAUCAAUCUACACCACCGUUCAUCAUCUGAACCUCCACUCCAACAAGAUCCAGUUCAUCCAGCCGGGUCUGUUCAAAGACAUGACCAAUCUGCAAGUGCUGGACCUCUCCAGUAAUUACUUGGAUGUUUUUGCUGUUUCGAAAACCAGCAUUGGGCCUCUUGCGGCCGUGGACAGGCUUGACCUCUCAGGUAAUGGCCUGUACACAGGGAUGACCGACUUCUUUCUCAGUGAAGCCCCAGCACUCAUGAACCUUUCUCUGAAUGGCAAUAGUAUCACCAAAGUGGGCAAGGAAACCUUUUGCGGAUCUUUGGCCUUGAGAAACAUUGACCUUCACAACAACGUCAUCUUAGAGAUCGAGGAUGGAGCAUUUGACUCGCUGAUCCAUCUGUCCGAGCUUGAUUUGUCCAUUAACUCCAUCACUUGCAUCACUGACUUUAACCUUUCCCAAUUGAAGGUGCUAAACCUCAGUAGGAACAGCAUGGAGUGCUUCCAAACCACAGACUCAGACCUAGAGUACGAGCUCCUCUACCUCGACCUGAGGGAAAACAAGAUCCACUACUUCCCCGUUCUCCCAAGAAGAAACAAGCUCAUGUACCUGGAUUUGUCCAGGAACCGCCUGAUGAGCAUCAACACCACGGGGACAGCGGAUGAGCUGGAGCACUUCAGAGACACGUUUGUACCUCACACACAGUCAGGUGGAACCAGCCGACACCAGGACUUCUCAAGGCUUAUGUACCUUGACAUGAGCUACAACCAGAUCAACAGCAUACCGCAGUCUUUCUUCUGCAGCAUGGUGUCCCUUGAGCACCUCAACAUCAGUAAUAAUUGUAUUGGGGCCUUUUCUGUAGACCAGGAGAGCCCUCUGAACUCUCUGAAGACCCUGGACCUGAGUUACAAUGCCCUACAGAACCUCACGUUUGGGGAGAACACCCUAUGGUCACUGCAGGAACUCUUCUUACAAGGGAACGUUCUCAGCAACAUGGACUCUGGAACGUUCCAAAGAUUGCCCAGCAUCAGAGGCCUUCACCUCCAGCAGAACUACCUGAAAGUCUGCCCCUCACAGCAAAAACCACCACAGACAGACCACAACUCUCAGGAUCCCUCAGGCUGUGUCUCCUUAGAAUUCAUACCAAGCUUGCACUUCUUGUACCUCUCUGGAAACAGUCUUGAAGUUCUUCCACCGUAUGCCUUCAAUGGCACCACGCUCAGGUUGCUGGACCUGUCCCUAAACCCAGGCUUGGAUGUUCACCAAAAUUCUUUCUCUGGUCUGGAGACCUCCCUAACUCACCUAUCACUGAGAGAGAACCACAUCACAGACCUGAACACAGACCUUUCCCUGCUAAGCAGUCUCAAAUUCGUGGACCUGUCCACCAACAAGCUGAGCGCUCUCCCCCUGUGGAACAAGGAGUCCUCCAUCGAGUCCCUGAACCUGCAGAACAACAACCUAGUCACCCUGGAGUACAACACAGUCCUGGUUCUGGAGCGGACGCUCAAAACCCUUUACAUUGGCUCGAACCCUCUCAGUUGCUGUAGCAACCCCCGCUUCCUCGACAUGCUCAAACGCUCCGAUGUGGUCGUCCCGGACAUCGCCACAGUAACCUGCCAGUACAUGGAGAACUCAGAGCUAGUGGAGUUGAACAUUGGGAGCGUGACGCAGGAGCAGUGUCAGAAGCUGGACAGUAAGAGCGUUAGCAUCAUCGUCAUUGUGGUGAUGGCUUUGGUGCUGAUCGCGGUGCUGGUGGUGCUCUCCAAGGUGUGCCACCCCAGGAGGCGCAAGCUCAACAGUAGCUUCAGGGCCUGAAGAAUGUGUCCUUUCAUUGGGGAGAAAGAGAUGCUGGACAUGUGUCUCCUCAGAGGGACUACUAGGCAGAGAAAACCAGAGGCUGUUGGUGCUUUUCAAUGUGAAGUGUGCACUAUUUCCUCAUUUUAACUCUGUUUUGGAGGGAAUUUGUUGAGUUCUGGAACAAGGCAGCCAUGUUGUGGCUUAUAGAAUUUGCAUAAAUUGAAGGUGUUGUUCUCUUCGUCUAGGGAAUAACAGACAGUUAUGUGAAAACUCAAGAGUAUGAAUAUGGUCACUUUUUAUAUAAUUAGCAUCAUCAUGUGCACAUACAGUUUAUAGACAUUUAGCCAUUUCCACUUGGGGAAAAUAUUUUAUGACUGCACAGGGUCAGCUGAUAUGCAUUAGAUUUGCUGAUCCAGAUUUAUGGCCAAACACCAAGGCUUCUCUUUAUCAAUGCAGUAUUUUGCACUUUAAUUUGAUUGUAUUUGUACAUUUAUUUUAUUAUUAACCUGCUUUUGACUGUGCGUUUCUGUUAUAUAGACUAAAUUACACUAAGUAGGGAGCGCAUUAUGCAAACAUGUCUAUCAAUGCCAUGUAAUGGCAGAGUGGAGAGCUUUCUCCAACUAAUUUCAACAUCAGCACAUCAUUAUGAAACCACAGGGUUUGAAGGUCAUGGCUGCAGUUCUUUAGAUGACUGUGACACUACAAUAGUAUACAAUCAGUGUUUUGUAGAAUUUACCGUUCCUAUUUGUGGGACAUAAAAAGGAAGUACUGUUAGAAGUGAAUUGUUUCACCUCCUAUAGGAUAGUUACAGUGAAUAUUGUUUUCAUAACAGUAUUUUUGUAUUUUUCACUGGUAGAUGUACAGUAGGUAUGGGGUGGUAUGUGGGGACCAAAAACAAGAUUGAAGCAAUAACUCCAGAGGAAGCAGUACUGUCGGAACACCUGCAGUAAAACAUUUAGCUUGUUUUAACAGCUUGUAGGGCACUGCAGAUACCUUUCCUGUUAUUGAUGAACUCAGUCUCGCAAAAGCCUGUAUUAAAUAAUUAUGUGCAAUUUCACAACGCUGGGUUCCAGCAAUGUGGUUUUCCCUUGCUAUGGGCGUUCGGCAAAAAUAUAUUUUCCCACUGAAAUCCUCUCUGGUUGCUACCAUACAUGGAGAGGCUGUCAAGGCAAAUUAAUGGUUUGAUAAGUUAAAUGAUACAGUGGAUCAGUGAGGCUUUAAUAGAAACAAGGACCUGUUUUGUUUCACUGAAACAAAAGCCUUUUUUAAUGCAUUCAAAUCUGGCCCUUAGCUCUUUAGGUUUUCUCCGUAUGUCAGUUGAAUGACAGAGCUGAGUGAGAGAAGCAAACAUCAACCCAACGCUUUCUUCACAGGGAAUUUGGCAAAACUUAAUCAAUUCUGCAGUGAACCCCUGCCAGACUGAAAUCCUUAAUUGCGUUCAUAUCAAUCAAAAUCAUGUAAUUGCACAUAUUUGAGACAAUCAAUGUUGUUUUUAAGAUAGAUUGCUUUGUUAUUCACGUGGAAGCUAUCCAUGUUGCAUUUGUUAUCGCAAAGAGAUCUUGGCCUUUUCAUCUGCAUAGGCCUAGCCCACAAGACCAAUCAUAUGAACACUAAAAAUUCCCCAGUCCUGGAUUGUCCUUACCCAAAAGACAACACUUACCCCAACAUGUCAGUGAGGAAGAGGAGGAGGAGAGCUUGUGAAAAUAACAAAGCGGUUACAAAGUGACAACAAAGGACUGACCAACCUGUAGAGAGUUAAUUUAAUGACAUCUUUGUUUUAGCUUUCUGCCUUUUAUGUAGGACAUUGUUACAUACAUACUGAAUUCACACAGUUGUCCUUCCUAUUAAGUCUGUAUUACAGUGCAUUUCUAAGUUGGAUGUCAUAGAAGGAAGGAUAUGAUUCCUUACCUUUUUUUGUUAUGGUAGGGACUAUUUUAAACAAAAAAAACAAGCCAAAGGAAAUCCCUGGUGAGGGAAGUAUGUCCUGACCGUAUUAAUAGAUAUUUAUUUCAGAGAUAACACUAGAAGAAGAGCAGUUCUAUCCUGUUUAUCACUGUGACAUGCUGACCCUCUUGUUCUGCUUUUUCCUGAUCACAUGACUGAACUUUUAGUGAAACCUUCAAAGGUCAAACUAAUAUAUAGAGAUGACAAGAUAAGUCACCUGCUGCUUGAAGUGACAUCCACCAUUGACUACAGUCAAUGACUAACAUUUUACAUAAAUUGACCAUACAAAAAUAAUAAAAUAUAAUGAAUAUCAUAAGUCACACGUGUGUAUCGAAAUGUUGGGCUGGCUGUUCAGUUUGGAUGCCAAGCUUAUACAGGCAAGUCAAAGCUACGGCUGUGCAUGUUACAACUAAUAAAGAAAGGAUAUUAGCAUAAAUGGAGAAUGGUUUUGAUGGUGUUAUGUCAAUUUCAUUACAGUGUUACAUACAGUUUUAUGCAAUGUGAAAUUGAAGUUGCACCCUUGCUUCUGUGUUUAUCUGUCCACUGCAUUUUACAUGUACAGCAUAUGAAGGAUAUUACAAUGGAUCUAUUAUGAACUACUGUAAAAAUAUAUAUUUAUAUUGUUUUGUAUUUUCUUAAGUAAAU